CUGUUUUUCUUUUUUCCCCUGGCACGUGCAGCCUGCUAUGGGAUGGAUGACGAAGAAGAGAACCACUAUGUUUCACAGCUCAGGGAAGUCUACAGCAGCUGUGACACCACGGGGACAGGCUUUCUAGACCGGGAGGAGCUGACCCAACUCUGCCUUAAGCUUCAUAUGGAAAAGCAGCUGCCCAUCCUUAUGAAAACACUUCUUGGAAAUGACAACUUUGCCAGGGUGAAUUUUGAGGAAUUUAAGGAAGGUUUCCUGGCAGUGUUGUCAUCAGAUGCUGGUGUUGGCCUCUCAGAUGAAGGCAGUAGUUCCUUGGAAUCAGCUGCCUCCCAUGCUGUGCCACCAAAGUAUGUGAGUGGCUCUAAGUGGUACGGCCGUUGGAGCCUGCCUGAGCUGUGUGACUCUGCGGCCAGAGCCAAAUGUUUACCAGAACAAGCCAGGGCCACCAUGAGAAGCCAGCUCCGACGCUCUGCAUCUCUGGAAAGUGUGGAGAGCCUUAAGUCAGAUGAAGAAGCUGAAAGUGCUAAAGAACCUCAGAAUGAGUUGUUUGAAGCACAAGGCCAGCUGCCAACCUGGGGUUCCAGGGUCUUCAGGAACCCUCAGAAGUCCUGCAGCCCCUCCUUUGACACCCCCGAGAGCCAGGUCCGGGGCAUCUGGGAAGAGCUAGGUGUCGGCAGCAGCGGCCACCUCAACGAGCAGGAGCUGGCUCUGGUCUGCCAGACCAUUGGGCUCCAGGGACUUGAGAAGGCGGAACUCGAAGACCUAUUUAACAAACUGGAUCAAGACGGAGACGGCAGAGUGAGUCUUGAGGAAUUCCAGCUUGGCCUGUUCAAUUAUGGGCCCACUUCACUUCUGGAACCUUCCACUCCUGUCAAACCGAGCAGGUCCUGGUCUCAUUACCAGGGCCCCGAGGAGGGUGGCUGCCAGACCACCACCACGUCGUCCCUCGUGUCCGUGUGCUCAGGCCUGCACCUUUUCUGCAGCGUCGAUGAUGGCAGCGGCUUCGCCUUUCCUGAGCAGCUCAUCACCCUGUGGGCCCAGGAGGGGAUUCCGAACGGCAGGGAGGUCUUGCAGAGCCUCGACUUCCGUGUGGAUGAGAAGGUGAACCUUUCAGAGCUGACCUGGGCCCUUGAGAAUGAGCUCAUGAUGGUCAGUGGUGCCACUCAGCAGGCGGCUUUGGCCUGUUACCGCCAGGAGCUGAGCUUCCGCCAGGGGCAAGUGGAGCAGAUGGCGAGGGAGCGAGAUAAGGUGAGGCAGGAUCUGGAGAGAGCAGAGAAGAGGAACCUGGAGUUUGUGAAAGAGACAGACGACUGCCACUCUGCCCUGGAGCAGCUCACGGAGAAGAAGAUCAAACACCUGGAGCAAGGGUACAGGGGAAGGCUGAGCCUCCUGCGGUCUGAGGUGGAAAUGGAGCGCGAGCUGUUCUGGGAGCAGGCCUGCAGGCAGAGGGUGGCACUGGAGAAGGACCUGGAGCGCCUGCAGGCCAAGGAAGCCAGCCUCCGAGAGAAGCUGACCCUGGCCCUGAAGGAGAACAGUCGAUUACAGAAGGAGAUAAUUGAAGUAGUGGAGAAGCUUUCGCAAUCAGAGAAGCUGGUCCUGAAACUGCAGAGUGAUCUGGAGUUUGUGUUGAAGGACAAGCUGGAGCCUCAGAGCACGGAACUUCUGGCCCAGGAGGAGCGGUUUGCGGUGGUCCUGAAGGAGUACGAACUCAAGUGCCAGGACCUGCAGGACCACAAUGACGAGCUGCAGGCUGCACUGGAAGGCCUGCAGGCACGGCUGCCCCCGAGUCGGCACAACCAGCUCCAGACACUGCCAGAUGGACAGCUGCUCCCUGGUCAUGGCCCAGCAGGCAUCGUCUCCUUGGUGGGUGAUUCCACUGCAGUGAGUCUACAGACAGAGCUCCUGGUGGAGCAGGUGAAGGAACAUUACCAAGAUCUCAAGACCCAGCUGGAGACCAAGGUAAAUGACUGUGAAAGGGAAAUUGAGAUGAUGAAAAGGGACUUUGCAAAGGAGAGAAAGGAGGUGGAGCAGGCUUUCAGGCUGGAGGUCAGUGUGCUGGAGGAGCAGAAAGCGGACCUGGAGACACUCCACGUGGAGUCUCAGGAGGCCAUCCGAGCCCUGCAGGACCAGCUGCAGACUGUGGCCCAUGGCCUGGAGCUGGAGAGGCUGGAGAUGGAACAGCACUACGCACAGGUGCGCUCUGGCCUGGCCCGGCAGCUGGCACAGGAGAAGGACCAGCUGGAGGUGGCGCUGCGCCAGAGGCAUCAGAAUGAGCUGCAGCACCUCAGAAUUGAGUUGGAGAGGCUUUCUGAAGAAAACACAUUGUUGAAAAAUGAGCGGGGAACGAUGCAGCAAGAGCUUGAAGCUGCAGAAAAGACAAAUGAUGCACAGAGGAAGGAAAUUGAGGCUUUAAAGAGAGACAAAGAAAAGGCCUGCUCUGGAAUGGAAGCGCUCAGCACACAGAGUCAGAAAUGCAACGAUGAACUGUCCCAGCUCAACCAGAGGGUCCUUCAGCUAGGAGAGGAGGCCUCUACCCAUCAGGCCCAAAAUGAGAAUUGCAUCACCAUUCAGCUUUUAACACAGAGACUGGAGGAGGGGGGCCGCCGGGAGAGGCUGCAGGAUCACCAAAUCCAAAAACUUGAAGUUGAACUUGACCAUGUGAAUCAAGAAUGUCAGAGUCUGACACUGUUGCAGUCACAGCUGAGAGAGACCCUUGAAAGUCAAGACCAGCUGCACGGAGCCAGCCUGAGGCUGAGGCUGGUGCAGUCCCCGCACUCGUGGGGGGCCAUCAGCUGCAAGAGCAGGUGGAGCUGCUGGGGCCUCGGGGCCACAGGCUGGGCUGCAGCAGCUGCUGGAGCAGCGGGCAGCUCGUUUUUAAAUGCAAAAUUGGUUUGUAACCUUCUUUUGUGGCAGGAAGAACAGGAAAAACAAUUUAAAGACGCCGAAGAGUGGGUAGAAGAGGUGGCGAGGAUUCUGAAGAGUAUGGAAAUGCUCCUACAGGAGCAGUUUGAAAAGAACACAAAAUCCGAUUUGCUGCUCAAGGAGCUCUAUGUGGAAAAUGCGCACCUGAUGAAAGCACUUCAGCUCACUGAAGAGAAGCAACGAGGUGCUGAGAAAAAAAACCGAAUCUUGGAAGAAAAGGUUAGAGCUCUCAACAAACUAAUCAGUAAGAUGGCUGCAGCAUCCCUCUCUGUGUAGAGACUGCUUGUUCUCCUGGAAUUCAUUUCGAAAGAACAUCUCUUAAAAUUAAGCCACUGUGAUGCCGUAAUUUUCUGUGGCUCGUUGGCCAUCGACCCCUGGACACACGUGAGGACUGGGAUCCUCUGUUCAUCCCACAGACGGUUAAUCAGUGUCCACCGCAUGCCAGAGGCUGGGGAAGUAGGCAUGUUGGAAAAGACUACACUUUUAUCAGUGGUCCUGAUUAAUUUCCCUAGGUAAAAUUCCCAAUUUUGCUGCUCACUGGUGAAACAGAUUAUGGGAGCUGUCAGCAAGAAACCACUAAAGGAAAAUGGUAAAAUAAAACAAUUCAGUGUUGUGCUUUUGACCUUGGCUGCAGAGAUUAAAAUGCAAAAUCAG